CGGGCACCUUUAAGCUGUUUGGGAGUUCACGUGACUCAUUAAGUGUUGGGGGGGGCAGCGGUCACGUGACGGCGCGCGCGCCCCCGCGCAGGGAGAGUCGACCUGCCCUGUGCGCGCGCCUUCGCGGUGCCUCCCACCCCUCGACCCGAGGGUGAGGAGCGGCGGAGUGAUCAAGCGUCUGUGAUCCUCUGCGCGUGCGCAGCGAGCAGCUGUCACCCAGUGCGGAACAAGUCUCCCAAUUUUCCCAAAGCUCCUUGGGUUGGAGGCCCCCGUCUUCCUUCUUAUUCCCUUUCUCCGGGUUGUGUCCUCUUCCCCACCUGCGCUCUAGAAACUCCUAGCCAUCAUGGAGAUGGCCGAGGUGGAGAGUCCUCUCAACCCCAGCUGCAAGAUCAUGACCUUCAGACCCUCCAUGGAGGAGUUCCGGGAUUUCAAUAAAUACCUCGCUUACAUGGAGUCUAAAGGAGCUCAUCGAGCAGGUCUUGCAAAGGUGAUUCCUCCUAAGGAGUGGAAGCCCAGACAGUGCUAUGAUGACAUUGAUAAUUUGCUCAUUCCAGCACCGAUCCAGCAGAUGGUCACAGGGCAGUCGGGACUCUUCACUCAGUAUAAUAUCCAGAAAAAGGCCAUGACGGUGAAUGAGUUCAGGCAGCUGGCCAACAGUGGCAAAUAUUGUACUCCAAGGUAUUUGGAUUAUGAAGAUUUGGAACGUAAGUACUGGAAGAACUUGACUUUUGUGGCACCUAUCUAUGGCGCAGAUAUUAAUGGGAGCAUAUAUGAUGAGGGUGUGGAUGAAUGGAACAUAGCUCGCCUAAAUACAGUCUUGGAUGUGGUUGAGGAAGAGUGCGGUAUUUCUAUUGAGGGUGUAAAUACCCCUUACCUCUAUUUUGGCAUGUGGAAAACCACAUUCGCGUGGCACACCGAGGAUAUGGAUCUCUACAGCAUUAAUUAUCUCCACUUUGGAGAGCCCAAGUCUUGGUAUGCUAUACCCCCGGAGCAUGGAAAACGACUUGAAAGACUAGCUCAAGGUUUUUUCCCAAGCAGCUCCCAAGGCUGUGAUGCAUUUCUUCGCCACAAGAUGACACUGAUAUCUCCCUCAGUGUUGAAGAAGUAUGGUAUACCCUUUGACAAGAUCACCCAAGAGGCUGGAGAAUUUAUGAUUACUUUCCCAUAUGGCUACCAUGCUGGUUUUAAUCAUGGUUUCAACUGUGCAGAAUCCACAAAUUUUGCUACUGUCAGGUGGAUUGACUAUGGAAAAAUUGCUAAAUUGUGCACCUGCAGGAAAGACAUGGUGAAAAUUUCAAUGGAUAUCUUUGUGAAGAAAUUCCAGCCAGACAGAUAUCAGCUUUGGAAGCAAGGAAAGGAUAUAUACACCAUUGAUCACACGAAGCCUACUCCGGAAUCCACCCCUGAAGUAAAAGAAUGGCUGCAGAGAAGGAGGAAAGUAAGAAAAGCAUCUAGGAGCUCCCCAUGCUCUAGGUCUCACACUAAAAGGCCUAAGACUGAGGAGGGUGAGGAAGUGUCAUCUGUGGUCAGUGGGGCAGAGCUCCCUACCCCUGACCCAACCUUGGAUGAUCUCAGUGUCAGUGAAGAGCCAGAAGCAGCUGUGGAGCUGGGGAACAUAGAGGCACCUUCAGAGAAAGAGGCCUCUGCUGGCAGGAUGCAGUUGGAUCAGAAUUUAUCAGAUGAUAUCAAACUGUCAGGGAACUGCUCAAGCACAUCUAUAACGAAGGAAAUAAAAAGUGAGGAUGACAAAACCUGUGCCAUAAUUGCAACCUCUAAUCCCAAGGAGGCUGAUGAUUCCAUUUCAUUGUCUAGUGGCCAUGUGAAGUCUCAGGAAUCCCCCAGUCUUUCAUGGCCAAAGUCUCCGGAGUCGUGCUCCUCAGUGGCAGAGAGUAAUAGUGUGUUGACAGAGGAAGAGAGUGAUGUGGAGAGCCGUGGGAGUAGCCUUGAACCAGGAGAAAUCCCAGUGGUCCCCAGUGGAGAGAGAGAUGACUUCAAAAUCCCCCGUAGGAUAGAGGGAGAGACCAAAACUGCUAAGAGUUGGCGCCAUCCACUCAGUAAACCUCCAGCAAGGUCCCCAAUGACACUUGUAAAGCAGCAGACAACAAGCGAUGAAGAAUUACCAGAGGUUCCAUUGAUUGAAGAAGAAGUGGAAGAAACAGAGUCUUGGGCAAAGCCUCUUGUCCACCUUUGGCAGACAAAGGCACCAAACUUUGUAGCUGAGCAAGAAUAUAAUGUAGUCACAGCCAAAAUGGAACCACAUUGUGCAAUCUGUACUCUCCUCAUGCCCUACUACAAGCCAGAUAGCAGCAAUGAAGAUAAUGAUUCUAGAUGGGAGACAAAAUUAGACGAAUCAGUUACUUCAGGAGAAAAGACUAAGCCGCUCAUUCCAGAGAUGUGUUUUAUUUAUAGUGAAGAAAAUAUAGAAUAUUCUCCACCCAACGCCUUCCUUGAAGAGGAUGGAACAAGUCUUUUGAUUUCCUGUGCAAAGUGCUGUGUACAGGUUCAUGCAAGUUGUUAUGGUAUCCCUUCUCAUGAUAUCUGUGAUGGAUGGCUAUGUGUUCGGUGCAAAAGGAAUGCAUGGACAGCUGAAUGCUGUCUCUGCAAUUUGAGAGGGGGUGCUCUUAAGCAAACUACAAACAAUAAGUGGGCCCAUGUCAUGUGUGCUGUUGCAGUCCCAGAAGUUCGAUUCAUUAAUGUCCCAGAAAGGACACAAAUAGAUGUAGGCAGAAUACCUUUACAGAGGUUAAAAUUGAAAUGCAUCUUCUGUAGACAGCGAGUUAAGAAGGUCUCUGGAGCCUGCAUCCAGUGUUCCUAUGGUCGUUGCCCAGCCUCCUUCCAUGUCACAUGUGCCCAUGCCGCUGGGGUGCUGAUGGAGCCUGACGAUUGGCCAUAUGUGGUGAACAUCACAUGCUUUCGGCAUAAGGUCAACCCAAAUGUGAAGCCCAAGGCUUGCGAGAAGGCCAUAUCCGUGGGUCAGACGGUCAUCACGAAGCAUCGGAACACUCGGUAUUACAGCUGCAGAGUGAUCGCCGUGACGUCACAGACAUUCUACGAGGUCAUGUUUGAUGAUGGCUCCUUCAGCAGAGACACAUUUCCUGAGGAUAUUGUGAGCCGAGACUGCGUGAAGCUGGGUCCUCCUGCCGAGGGAGAAGUUGUCCAAGUCAAGUGGCCCGAUGGCAAACUCUAUGGGGCAAAAUAUCUUGGAUCGAAUGUUGCUCACAUGUACCAGGUUGAAUUUGAAGAUGGAUCCCAGAUAGCAAUGAAAAGAGAAGACCUCUAUACCUUAGACGAAGAGUUGCCCAAGAGAGUGAAAGCUCGUUUUUCCACAGCCUCUGAUAUGCGAUUCGAAGACACAUUCUAUGGAGCAGACAUAAUCCAAGGGGAGAAAAAGAGACAAAGAGUGCUGAGCUCCAGGUUUAAGAAUGAGUAUGUGGAUGACCCUGUGUACCGUACUUUUUUGAAGAGCUCUUUCCAGAAGAAGAGCCAGAAGAGACAGUAG